UGUCAAACUUCUGCUUAGCAAUCAUGUUUUGCUAUGCAUCCUCCCCUUGUGUUUGUGAUUGUUGUAGUUCUUUUAUCAGCAGAGUGAAAUUUCCUGAUAUUUGAGACUUCUGGGUCAUCCAGACAGAAAUCUAGACAGACAGACAUCUGAGCCAUCUCACCCAUUUAUCUCAACAUAAGCCAUCCUGUACUUUUCAUCACAGCUCUGCCGAAUUGCACAAAUUGGUGACGCAAGACUCAGUGCCCUAUUUUUGUUUUCUUUCCAUUUUCGAUUUUGAAACCUCUUUACAUGUCCUUGCCCGCUCAUCCCUAAAAAUCGGGUUAUUUUGAGCACUGGUCUGGAUGUUUGGGCGGGGGAGGAAGCGAGCCCAGAGCCCUUUCUCGAGUUUGUUUCUCAGGGAUAAAUACAGACAGACACAGCUGGGACACUCAGGGUAAGUCAUCAAGACUGCACUUUUGCCCCCUCAGGCAUCUGUAAGAUAAGACAGCAUUAUUGAAAUCCAUCCAAUAUGUUAUGUUGAAAAUAUAUAUAUGAAAUAUCGUCUGUCAGCUGAUCUUUAGUAAUUACAUUUUCAACCAAAAGUACAUAUCUUUACAUUUUUUUGUGCAGUGGAAUAAAAACUAAGUGACAUACUUGAGCAUUUUUUAGUUUGUUGUCCCUGAUGGACCACAGAGGGAGAUUUAGUUGUGGGCUUUUUCUGCCUUAAAAGUCACUUUGAAAAUACAGUUUCAAAAGACCAUAUACAACGGACAGAAACUUAAAAUGGAAAUCUUAUUCUGGUAUGAAAAAUGUAGCCUCUGCCGGUCUAAAAGAUGUUUUUUUUGUAUUGUGCAUUUGUGUUAAAAGAACAACAAAAAGUUCUCUUGUUUUUGUAGCUGGGGUCUUUCAAGGAGAAGUAACCCACUUGGCCUGCGUGUGCAUGCGUGUGUGUGUGUCUCUGUCUGUCUGUGGAGGCAAAACAAAAGCUCUUUUACAAUCUGGCUAAAUGGCAGGUUAAAGCUGUCUUUCACUAAUUUCCAACAUCAGGAAAGGCUUCUCUUAGCCUGUUUUCUCUUCAGAGAGGGUAAAACACCCUGGAGAGCAGCUCCCAGACAUUGACACGUAAUUUUGAGAGUUCCACACAAACACAUACACACACACAUACCCAAACAGACGACAGAUGUUCUAAAAUACCACGGUAACAACAGCCCAGAUGCAGGCUGGGAAAUGCCCCGUGAGAUCCUCAUGCUUCAAUAUAAAAAUGCUUAGAGCAGACAUGGGCAACGAGCAGCGAUUGUAAUUUAUACACUGUAUGUUUUCACAGAGAGAGGCCUGUGAAUGAAGGGAGGAGCUAUUUUGCCCUGCAUAUUUCCUCAUUUGAAGUUGUGCAAGAACUGGGGUUUUUUUGGGUUUUUUUCCCCAGCAGUGCCUUUUCUGAACUUGUGUCUCCUUGUAGAUCAGCGUGUCAGGGAGAAAAGUGAGGGAUUCAAGUGCGGGAAUUGCAGCAGGAAGGAAAGUGCAGCUGGGAAUUUUCGCCUGGAGCGAGACAGACUGGAGGUUCUGUGGCAAAAAGACAGAUAAAGGAAAAGAGAAGGAAGGAGAGAGGUAGAAAAUUGACAGAGGAGCAGUGAAAAUUUGAAGCAGGGAUGAGAUGAAGCAAGGGAUGGGAGGAGGAGGAGAGAGGAUUCGAUGAGAUGAGGGAGGAGUCAAAGUGGACUUAACGAGGAGGAGCAGGGAGGAGACGAGAAGAUGACAGAGGGAAGGGAAUCUUGUCUCCACGCCUCCUUGGGGAAAAAAAAAGGGGGAUGUCAAGACAAGUCGCACACUCAUACACACCUAACACACUUCUACACAAACACCUGUAAAUCUACACAUGCGCGCUCAUAAUCUUCCUGCCAGAAAUCUGUGAGGAAGUCAGCCAAUUCACAUACGCACACGGGUGAAUGAAAACUGGACUUGGACCUACUUUUGCGAAUGCACACACACACACACACACACACACACACACAUUGCAUCAGAGUGAGAUUGCCAACUGGACGUGGUUUUCAUUCAGAUCUGCUGUGAUAAGAAGAAGUCUCCACCCCCUUCCUGCUUUCAGGGACUUCUGCUUUAACCCUCCGAGAGUGUGCGUAUCUAUGAGAGAGAGAGUGUGUUUUCUGCACCCUCAUGGCACACACUCUCAAUCUGCUAACCUGUCAUUUGAUGUUUGUGUACAUACCUGCACAGACACACCCACAAUGCACACACACAGACAUACACACAUUCCCUCUCUACUCUCUUGCUUACACACACACUUGGACACACACACACACAAACACACACACACUCCCUCGCUCUCUUGUCCUCGGAGCAGCAGGUCCCUGGAAGCAGCCAAACUGCCAGUGACUGUUGCUAACACAUGCUCGCUCUUAGCUCGGCUCUUUCUUUGGCUGCUGCCAAGGGAGGAGGAGGAGUAUGAGAAGAAGAAGUGAGGGUGGAAGGAACAGACCGAAACACACAUAGAAAAAAGAAAGAGAGAGAUUUGGACCAAGCUCUGACUGCUUACCUCGCGCCUCUGCCUGGCUGACUGUGUGGGAGACUGGAGGCUGCCUACAAGUGAUGCCUCACACACUCUGGAGCAGCACAUAGUCAGGACUUUCUAUAGGUUUCUCUGCUCUUUUUAUUUCUCUUCUCUUUCUACAUUUGCCUCUCUCUCUUGCAAUGAUGAGGAGAGACCGUCUCUUCUUAGCCGUGACGCUCAUAGCCAUCUUCUCUGCUGACCUUUACUUCAUUCUACUGCCAAAGCUACGGAGCUUGGGACGAGGAUCAAGACAGUUUUGCUCAUGCGGUCCCAACAACCUCACCCUGCCUGGCCAGGGGGGUCUCGCCACACCACAGCUCUCCAACUGGACUUCUGCAUCACCCCGGGUUGGUAUUACAGCUGACCCAGCAGAUGGAGGCUCGAAGCUGGGGAGGCUGUUUGCUCACCCUCUGUAUAACAUCCAGAUUCCGGCAGUGGGGCCGGAAGAAAGCCUGCUGCAGGUAGAGCAGUUGAUGGAGUACUACAGGAGAAAGGUGUCACGCUGGGAAAGGCAUAUGAAACUCUACAGCGAGGCAGCGGCUGUCUCCAACAUUACCGUGCCUGAACGUGAAGUGACUUUUGACCCCGACGCCAGCUGGCUGAAGUUCCACCUGGGAAUAAGCCGCUAUGCUCUGUACUCCCGCGAUGACCCUGCUAUCCCACAAUUACUCAAGGACAUGGAGGGCAUGAUUGUCAUCAGUGCAGAUUACACUCAAGAUGAGAAGGCAUUAAAAGGAGCAUGCGAUUGUACCCAAGUGGUGAAGCCCAGUGGACAUCAUCUGAAACUGGCUCUGAAAAUGCGUAACUUUGCCAAGGCUAUGUUCAAACCAAUGAGGCAGCAGAGGGAUGAGGAGACUCCAGCAGACUUCUUCUACUUUGUUGACUUCCAGAGACACAAUGCAGAGAUCGCUGCCUUUCACCUGGACAGGAUCCUGGACUUCCGGAGGGUGCCGCCAGUGGCUGGCAGGCUGGUAAACCUCACAGGAGAAGUCCUCCGAGCCACCCACAAUGAAGACCUGCGAGCUGUCUUCUUCACCUCGCCAGCGAACAACACGUGUUUCUUCGCCAAGUGCCUUUAUGUGUGUAAGACAGAAUAUGCGGUGUGUGGGAACCCUGACCUCUUGGAGGGCUCCCUGUCUGCCUACCUGCCCGGCCUCAGCAUCGCUCCCCGCAUCUCCAUCCCCAACCCCUGGAUACGAUCGUACACUUUCACCGGACGGGAAGAGUGGGAAGUGAAUCCGUUCUACUGUGACACCAUAAGGCAGCUGUAUCCAUAUAACUCCGGCAACAGGCUCCUCAACAUCAUAGACAUGUCAAUCUUUGACUUCCUUAUAGGUAACAUGGACAGACAUCACUAUGAGAUUUUUACCAAGUUUGGAGACGAAGGAUUUCUUCUCCACUUGGACAAUGCCAGAGGGUUUGGGAAGCACUCUCAAGAUGAGAUGUCCAUCCUGGCACCACUAUCUCAGUGCUGCAUGAUAAAGCGCUCCACAUUGCUGCGGCUCCAGCUCCUGGCCCAACCAGAGUUCAGGCUCAGUGACCUGAUGAGGGAGUCCCUGGAGGGAGACCCCUUACGUCCGAUCCUGACGGAACCCCACCUCUUAGCGCUGGACCGCCGGUUACAGAAGAUCCUCAGAGUGGUCCAGCGCUGCGUCCGGAGGCUGGGCAAGAACGAGGUGAUCACCAAGGACUUUUUCAAAUCCACAGCCAUUCCUCAGACUGCCACAGAGAUGAAAAAGACCAGGUAACAUAGGAUGACAGGCUCAUCCUUCCUUUUCAUACUUGAUUUUUGUACCACAGAAGACUUGAUGGUGAAGACACAGUCACCUUGUGACCUAACAAGGCUCAGAUGGUUUCGAUUUAAGGAACAAGCCAUAAAAGGAAGACGCCAUGGAAUCUCAUUGUGGUGGUUCAGAACAUGAAUCACUGCAGGCCUCAAAUUCCUAUCGCCAAGGGAGACAUACCUUUAUUUUCUUUUGCUUCUCUCAUGGUCAUAAAUUCCCCCAAGGGUGCAUUUUAUGUGAAUGCUGUUACUUUUCGUGUACACCAUGUGCACAUAGGUCAGAGUGGUUAGAAGGUUUAUACAUAUAAAUGAAGACCUUUUCAGGAACGAUUUAAGCCCAACUUCAACUGGAAAAUUGGCUGGGAGCGUAAAAACAAAACAGUAUCAGGGAAUACAGACGAUUUCAUUCAUACAUGAAGCCACAGGCGCGCUCUCAGUGUCGUACACAUCAACAUCAGCAAAGAAGUUCAUACAAGAGAGCUGUGAUGCACUGGAUAAGUUUUUGUUAUAUCAAAUUAAAACGGGUGAAUAAUAUGACUGUGGAAAGAAAGUUUUGUUUGUCGUCCAAGUGAAGUUAUACUUAGAAAAUAGUUAUUUAAUGUGAUGACUGUGCAUGUUUUGAGGAAAAGUUAUCACCUGCAAGUAACAGUGUAAGUCGGUCUGUGUGUGUUUGUGUGAGUAAAGUGCUGCCCAUUAAAUAGUCAUUUAGUUCACUCCACCCCAUUUUCCAGACUUGUAAUCCUUCUCUGUCUCAUCGGAGCGCUUAAAGAGCUUUACAACAUCACUGUCAACUAAAACAGGCUGAGAUGGAGAAACAGCAAACGUGUUAUAUCACACCACUAUAAUAAUUCUGAACCAAGCCAACUCCUCUGAGUGUGUUUUCCUCUGUGAACAUGUCUGUGCUUUGGCCUUUGUUAUUUUCUUUGUUCUUAUCCGACAGUCCUGAUCUGUUCCAGGAUCUCGGUUUGAUGUGAAGACGAAUAACAACAAAUAUUUUUAAGAGCUCUUAAGAGUUGGUGAAUCCUGCCAAAUAAAGUCAGAGGCUGAUAAACAUUCAUAUAAUAAAAUCUGCUCUCAAGCACAGGUAAAUCCCUUCAUACUACAGCAAUUAUACAGUAUAUCUUCACUAACACCUAGCAACAGGACUAAACAUUUUAAAACCCUGUCAAAAAUGAAGGAUGACCGAUUAGGAAGCGAAGGAACAGACUGAACUUUUCCAAACUCCAAAUAACUACGAGCAACUGUUUUAAAGCAGCAAUGUUGGUGUUUCCCAGAGCCAAGUACUAUUGUUAAUAAUAAAGUUUAAAACUUUUGCUCGUUAUUUGAAACUAUCACUACAUGGAAAAAUGAUCUAAGUUGUCUAAAAUCAUAAAAAUCCUCUUAAAAGGGAAAGGAAAAAAAGAUAUAACUUAGCAUUAACCAGACAAAGAAUGUGUAAAAUAAUGAGGAUUGAGACACGUAUAUUUAAAAUGUUGGUAUAAAUUAAAAAUAAAAUAGACUAUUUUUUUGCAGGAUUGAAUGAAUACCAAAGAUUGUCUGGCUUUUUUUGACUUAGGGCACCAUUAUGUUCCCCCUAGUGGACAAAUUUCGUAUUACAUCGUUUUGAACAUAUACUGGGCCAGCAGGUCUCCAAACUGUUUCUCACCCUCAGAGUCGGUCCAAUCAGUUUUUCCUCUUUCCACUCCCAAUAUUGGUGAGAAUGCAAGAAUGCCCAAAAUUCCCUUUUUAUAGUUUUCCAGUAGUGAGUAUUUAAUGCUUUUCUCUGUUUUAAAUAAAAUAUUUCUUGGAUUUGGAUUGUUGGUGACAUGAAGAUGUCAACUUGGACUCUAGGAAACUAGAAUGGACAUAUUUAACUAUGGCCUGACAUUUUAUUGACCAAACAAUUAAUAGAUUAAUGAUCAGAGAUUAAUCAAUAAUGGAAAUAAUUAUUGGUUGAAGCUGUAGGUGGAUUGUCUUCAAAACAAAUUCCACCUCAUUUAAACCAGUUACAUUAAAAGUACAGUUUUGGUAAUAAGCAUCAUGAACUCAAACCCCAUCAUCCCACCAGUAACACGGUCAAAGGUACAACACAAGUCUGAAAAAAAGAACGAAGCCUGAGACAAAGCUGAAUCAUUUUUACUUUUUU